CGGGAGGGAGGGAGCGAGCGAAGGGGUAGGCGGCUCCGGCGGCAGCGGGCCGGGCGCGGGCGGCCCUCGGCAGCGAGCGAGGAGCAGCAGCCGGGGAAGCCUCGGGGAGGCGCUGAGCCGCGGCGGGGAUGAAGGACCGGUUGGCCGACUUGGCAGAGUGCAAAGGAAAUGAAGAUGGGGAGACAGUUAUUGUUGAAAAAGACCACUUUAUGGAUGACUUUUUCCAACAGGUUGAGGAACUUAGAAAUAAUAUAGCAAAAAUAGCACAAAAUGUGGAAGAAGUGAAGAAGCAGCACAGCAUUAUCCUGUCAGCACCAAAUCCUGAAGGAAGAACAAAGGAAGAACUUGAAGAAUUAAAUGAGGAAAUAAAGAAGAUUGCUAAUAAAAUCCGAGCCAGGUUGAAGGCUAUUGAACAAAGUUUUGAUCAGGGUGAAAAUGCUAAUCGGACAUCAGUGGACCUCAGGAUAAGAAAAACACAGCAUUCUGUAUUAGCUCACAAGUUUGUGGAGGUCAUGACGGAAUACAACGAGACCCAAACUCUUUUUCGAGAACGCAGCAAAGGUCGGAUACAGAGACAAUUAGAGAUAACUGGAAAGACCACCACUGAUGAGGAACUGGAAGAAAUGUUAGAGAGUGGUAAUCCUUCAAUUUUCACUUCUGAUAUUAUAUCAGACUCUCAAAUAACUCGGCAAGCUCUGAAUGAAAUUGAGUCACGUCACAAGGAUAUUAUGAAACUGGAAUCUAGCAUACGGGAACUACAUGAAAUGUUUAUGGACAUGGCAAUGUUUGUUGAGACUCAGGGUGAAAUGAUCAACAACAUAGAAAAGAACGUGAUGAAUGCAUCAGAUUAUGUGGAACAUGCAAAAGAAGAGACAAAAAAGGCAGUUAAAUAUCAAAGUAAAGCACGAAGGAAAAUGUGGAUAAUUAUCAUUGUGUCAUUGGUGUUGAUUUCCAUAAUUGGUCUAAUUAUUGGUUUGUCUGUUGGUAUUCCGUGAUGCUUGGAUAACCUCAGCAUGCAUGACUUCCUGCCAGUGUGGCAAAAUUGAUGUUCAUAAUUAUAUGUGUAACUGUAUUGCUUCUGAUACUUGGAAUUAUCCUAGCAACAACACUAUCAUAGCAAGCACAUUCCAAGAGUUCCGAACCUUCAGAAACUCCAAAAUACAUCUUCAGUAAAACCAAACCUUUUUUAAUAAAUGAUGCCUUACGCUGUUCCAUGAUGACGACCUAUCACUAACAGUUAAAAAUUAAAACAAAAUCACUCUUAAUGUUUACUCAUAAAUGAAGAUGAGAAUGUAUUAGGGUAUGGAUGGAUUUGCAUCAUAAACUAUACAUUUGUGAGACUGAAACUUGCUCUUAAUUGUUUUGAACUAAAGUAACUUGGGAUUUUUUUUUGUAUGUCAGUGUUACAAACAGUUUAAAUAGGGAGUUGAGAGACUAUUGAGUUUUGAUGGUUUGGCUUUUUUCCUAUUGCUAAUACAAUUCUAAUCACAAAUUCUAGGACUUACCAGUGCUGCUUUUGCUAGCACUCUUGUGAACAUUUUUAUGAGAUGUAGCCUUGUCUUUAAUUAUUUAGUCACCUUAACCUUUCUAAGCUUUAUACUUAAAAAAUGUUUCUCCAAUAAGUGCUAAAAUAUUUUAUCCUGAAAAGACUACUUAUUUAACUGUCAGCCUAUGCAUUACACUUGAGAAGAAAAAAAAACACACUUUUUUACACUUCCCAGGUUUUUUAUUUUUUCUUUCAAUGUGACUAAGGUUAAUUGCUUUAAAUAUUUACUUGCCUUUAUAACAAAAGUUAGUUGUAACAUUUCUGGUAAAAGAACGCAGUAAUGAAGCACACAGAAUUUGAACUUGAGCAGAUAAUUUUACAAAUAAUCCUUGUGCAAAGGAAACUGGUGGAUCAGUUUAGUUCACUGUUCAUAUGAAUUUGACAAAAAUUACACUUUCUCUCUCUAAAGCCAAGUCAAGAUUUCUUAUUCAGUAGCUUGCUAACGUUGAUGUGUGAAUAUAGCACAUGGGGAUAAACUCCUCAGAAAAGUCUGAAACAUAAUACAAACUAAGACACUGAUUUGUUAUGAAAUGUAUGUGUCAUUAUAACAUAUAUGAAGUGUUUUAGUAUCUGCAUACCUGUUGUAAUGCUAGCUUGCAAGACUUGAAAGACUUCAAAUGUAACAAAAUAACUGCAUUUAAUGUUACAGGUUAUUUUUGUAUUUUGUGUGUAAAAUAUUUGUAACUUGAAUUUUUGACUUCUCAUUGUUUAAGGAUAUCCAUGUAGAUAUGUAGAUAUAUUUACACUGUAAGAGGAUUAGAGGAAAGUAUAAUGUGUGCCUUUUUAAACACAGUCUAAAACUACGCUUGUCAAUGUUUCCAGAUAUUCAGCUAUAAUGUUUACUGCAGUAACUUGGUCCUAAAAGGUUAGAGUCUUUAAACUUAAGUUUUGCUGAAAGUGUCUGAGAUCAAAGUUACUCAGUAAACUAUAAUUCAGUCUGACUUAAUGAAAUUCAGCAAAGUUUACAAUUUAUAUUGUAUGUAUCAAUAUUCCUGCUUUGCUGUCCAAAUACACUGUGAAUGUGCUGGAGCUAUUCAGAUGUCAAACAUGUUUAAAAAAGAAAAAAAAAUUAUUAUUGGUCUUUUUGCAAGUCAGCCAUAAAGAAGUCGCUUGAAAAAUUUUGGCUUCGUUGAUGAACAAAUUUCUUUACCUCUAAGUCCAGAACACUCACCGAUGUUUGUGAGGAAGUUUACAUGCAAAGUAAGGAAAGAUUGGUUGCCUUAGUAUUGGUUCUAGGUAAAAUAUAUUUUUAUUCUAUAGUUUUCUAGAUUUUUAUCAGUAAAUAUUAUUUAUACAGAUAGACAAAUUAGAUUGGGGGGAAAAAAUCAGUUCUGCUGUUUAACAGCUGGUUACCUAAAAUGACCCCCCAAAUCCUGUCAUGUUGAAUUUUUUUUAUUUAUAAUGCAAUAAUUUGCCAAUCAAGACCAGAAAUUUGAUUAGGCCACUCCGUACUUUUUACUUGUUAUAUAGCUGCCUCAAUGAGUUUGUUUUAAAACAAAACAAAGCUUGUUUUUCACAUGAACGUCUUUGCUCUGUUAAUAUUGGAGGGGAAGUAAAUCUCUAACCUAUGCACUAAUAAAUUUAUCUAAGCAAGUAUCUUGUGGCUAUUUUUAUAUUCAUGAUGUUAUUGUGACCUUUGUGCAUCUUUCCAGUAAGUGCUUGAAUAAGGCUGGUAUGUUUUUGCAUGACAUAUGUCACACAACUGAUACCUAAAGGUAAUGUAAAGGUAGUGUAUUUCCUGAAACUUUUUACCCAGAAAGAAGUAGAGAUGAUCAAAGUAGGUGUAGAGAUAAUUAUGAACGCAUUAAUGGGAUUUAUUUAUUUAAACUAUGCCCAUGGAUUUUUGCUUUAAACU